CAACAGAAAUGUAUGACAGCAACAGGUCAGGGGAAAUUAUUCUCUCACUUUAUUUACUACAGGGCUGGUAGCGUCCAGUUGUUGUGCCUGAUGCCACUCCGUCACAUCGCUGUGCUGUUGCGCGUCUUUUGCGUUUAAUGACUCGUAGCUUUUUGAGAAAGCAUCGUGUUCUCUUUGGCGCUAACCACUGAGAGGUGUCCAUUUUCCCGACAGUACGUGAAGGCACCGGCAGGAUCAUCUGUUGGACAGGGAAACUCACCAGGAGCCAAGUGAAGACUUUUCAGUGUCGCUAGCGCUCAGGCUAGCAGCUUGAAACUCAGACGUCCACACACAUGAGACUUUCUCAAAUAUAUAUAUAAAGUGCAAAGUCGUAUCUGCAUGACAAAAAACAUGCGAGCCAGGUUUUAGGAGCAGUUUUAUUUGUUGCGCCCUAAAGUGAGAAAGCGGACAGGACAGCCGCUGGCCAGCUGAAGCUCGCGGCUAGCUCGUCAACGUUAGCCGGGGGAGAGCGAAGCGGAGCGGGCUGAAAAUGGAGCUGGACGACGUGGUCCUGUACCAGGACGACUCGGGCGGCUCUGCCAUGAUGUCCGAGCGGGUGUCCGGCUUGGCCAGCUCCAUCUACCGCGAGUUCGAGCGGCUCAUCGAGAGGUACGGCGAGGACGUGGUGAAAGAGCUGAUGCCGCUGGUCGUCGCCGUGCUGGAGAACUUGGACUCGGUGUUCGCUGUCAACCAGGAGCAAGAAGUGGAGCUGGAGCUGCUGAAAGAGGACAACGAGCAGCUGGUCACCCAGUACGAGCGAGAGAAGGCUCUGAGGAAACACGCCGAGGAGAGGUACAUUGUCCUCGAAGAUUCUCAGGACGGUGAGAAGAAAGACCUCCAGCGUCAACUGGUGAAAUUGGAGUCUCACACUCGUCAACUAGAGCUAAAGGCUAAAAACUAUGCAGACCAGAUUAGCAGACUCGAUGAAAGAGAUGCAGAGCUAAAAAAGGAGUAUAACACCCUUCAUCAGAGACACACUGAGAUGAUCCACAGCUACAUGGAGCACCUGGAGCGGACGAAACACCAACAUGCUGUGACACCAGCAGAGCCCACAGAUGCAGGCACAGUCACAUCAAGCAGGUCAAGAAAGGAGCGUCCAGUCUCCAUGGGCAUAUUCCAACUUCCUGGGACUGAAGGUAUGACUCCUGACCUCCAAAGGGUACCUGUGGACACCCCUUCUGAACCAUGGAGAUAUAACAACCUCAGCAACCCACGUUCCAACACUAGCCUUAAGGAUGAAUUGACCAGGUCAAACCGCAGCGGCUCCAAAACCAGUUCUCCAAACAACCAAUCAAACGUCUCAAAAAGUGGAGCUCCAGGGUCUUCUCAAGCUGGAGGAUCUUCUCAGGACGGUACCUCUAAAUCAAAUACCCCCACAUCCUCACGCACACUAUUCCCUCACGAUGGCGCGUCCACCGGCACCAGUCCCAUGUCCAGUCAUGCGGGUGGAUCUGCUUCUGCUACACCUGUGUCCACCACUGCUUCAGAUGUGGCCAUGGAGUCUGUGGACACUCCUCUGCAGGAACAGGAGGCUUCAGACAGGCUCAACAGGAACCUGGACAGGAGCGGUGGAAAGCCAGAGAGCAAUAAGAAUAUCGCAGCGGUGCAGGAAGGGCAGCAGGGUCAGCGUGGACAUGACAGUCAGGAGUCUGCUUCUACUGCAUUCAAAAGUGAAGAUGGAGCAGACAACCUGGAGAAGUCUGAGGUGCAGGCGAUCAUUGAAUCCACUCCUGAACUGGAAAUGGAUCUUGAUGGCUGCAUAGGAACAAGCACACCAGUUAAAGGCGGCAUAGAGAAUCUAGCAUUCGACCGGAACACUGAGUCUCUGUUUGAGGAGCUGUCGUCUGCAGGAAACGACCUGAUAGCAGACAUGGACGAAGGCGCUGACCUACUGGGUAUGGGUCGGGAAGUCGAACAUCUUAUCCAUGAGAACACCCAGCUGCUGGAGACCAAAAACGCUUUGAAUGUGGUGAAAAAUGACCUGAUCGCUCGCCUGGAUGAACUGUCCUGUGAGAAGGAGGUUCUUCAGGGAGAGCUGGAUGCUGUCACUCAGGCCAAAACCAACCUGGAGGAGAAGAACAAAGAAUUAGAGGAAGAACUCAAGAAGUUUCGAGCAGAGCUGGAAGAUUCCAAACAGAAAGUCAAGAAUGAGAAUGAGGAUGAUAGUGAUGUGCCUACAGCGCAGAGGAAGCGCUUCACCAGGGUGGAGAUGGCCAGGGUCCUGAUGGAGAGGAACCAGUAUAAGGAGAGACUGAUGGAGCUGCAGGAGGCGGUCAGAUGGACAGAGAUGAUCAGGGCUUCAAAGGAUAAUCCAGCUCUUCCGGAGAAGAAGAAAUCCAGCCUCUGGCAGUUGAGUUUCAGCCGUUUGUUCAGCUCGUCGGGCGGAGCAGCCAAGAAGCCGGCGACGGAGGCGCCAGUGAACAUCAAGUACAACGCGCCCACCGCUCAGAUUCAGCCGUCCGUCAAGAAGAGGAGUACCACCCUGCAGCAGCUGCCCAAUGACAAGAGCAAAGCCUUUGAUUUUCUCAAUGAGGAAGUGGCAGCUGAUAACGUGGUGUCCAGGCGAGAGCAGAAGAGAGCGCAGUACCAGCAAGUCAAAGCUCACGUCCAGAAAGAGGACGGCAGAGUGCAGGCGUACGGCUGGAGCCUGCCCAAGAAGCACAAAGCAAAUGGAGGUCAGGCAGAGAGUAAGAUGAAGAAUCUGCCUGUUCCUGUCUUCCUCAGACCACUGGAUGAGAAAGAUGCUUCUGUGAAGCUGUGGUGUGCUGCCGGUGUGAAUCUCUCUGGAGGUAAAACCAGAGACGGAGGAUCGAUCGUAGGAGCCAGUGUGUUCUACAGUGACGUGCCUGGACCUGAGAGCCCUAAAAAGAAGAUAGGUUGUCAGAGCAGCCUGGACAAACUGGAUCAAGACAUCAAAGAGCAACAGAUGGAGCUGCGGCAGCAGGACGAGUUAUCAUCGCUGGUGUGGAUCUGUACCAGCACCCAGUCCACCACUAAAGCUGUUGUCAUUGAUGCCAACCAGCCUGGAAACAUCCUGGAGAGCUUCUUUGUUUGUGACUCCCAUGUCCUCUGCAUCACCAGCGUUCCAGGUGCAAGAGAGACUGACUACCCAGCUGGUGAGGAAGUACCUCCAAACUCUGAGGCAGGACCAGUGGAAGAUGGCAGCUCAACAGCAACCAACAGCAUCUCAACAGGAGAAGAAGGCGUGCUCGGAGGCAUCACUGUCGUGGGCUGUGAAGCUGAAGGAUCAGUCGCUAUUCCCCAGACCGCAGACGGUCCUGGGAAAGAUGGAGGGACUGAAGAAGCCACCGAGGCCACCGAGGCCAGCGCAGGGCUCUCUGACCACAGAGAAACCCUGAGGGGUGUCUACACCGAGCACGUCUUCACUGAUCCACUGGGAGCUAAGCCCACACCAGAGGCUCCAGCCAACUACACUCAGAGGGAGAGUGAUCUGUUGAAAGAUGGUGUAAGUUCCAACCCCACAGCUGAGGAGCAGGACCUGAUGAGAGAGGAGGCUCAGAAGAUGAGUAGCGUCCUGCCCACCAUGUGGCUGGGUGCACAGAAUGGAUUCGUAUAUGUUCACUCCUCUGUGGCCCAGUGGAAGAAAUGUCUCCAUUCCAUAAAGCUAAAGGACGCUGUGCUCGGCAUAGUACAUGUGAAGGGGCGUGUUCUCGUCGGCCUCUCUGAUGGCACUUUAGCCAUAUUCCACAGAGGAGUAGAUGGACAGUGGGACCUGACAAACUACCACCUGAUAGACAUGGGGAGACCGCACCACUCCAUCCGCUGUAUGACUGUCGUACACGACAAGGUGUGGUGUGGCUACAGGAACAAGAUUUAUGUGGUGCAGCCCAAAGCCAUGAAGAUCGAGAAGUCAUUUGACGCCCACCCUCGUGCAGACAGUCAGGUACGACUGCUGGCCUGGGACGGUGAUGGGAUCUGGGUGUCCAUCAGGCUGGACUCCACUCUCAGGCUGUUCCACGCUCACACCUACCAACACCUCCAGGAUGUCGACAUCGAGCCCUACGUCAGCAAGAUGCUGGGGACGGGGAAACUUGGCUUCUCAUUCGUGCGAAUCACAGCCCUCACUGUGUCAUGUAAUCGUCUGUGGAUGGGCACUGGAAACGGAGUCAUCAUCUCCAUCCCUCUAACAGAAUCAGCCACCACGGCAGCGAAGGCAGCAGGUAACCAUCCAGGAAGUGUGGUCCGCGUCUACGGCGACGACAGCGGCGACAAAGUGACAGCAGGGACGUUCGUUCCAUACUGCUCCAUGGCUCAGGCUCAGCUCUGUUUCCAUGGUCACCGGGAUGCUGUCAAAUUCUUCACUGCUGUCCCAGGUCACGCAAUUCCAUCUGCCUCCUGUGGAGGAGAAGCAGGAGGUGACAGGGCAACAGAUGCCUCAUCUCAGGAAGGAACCAAGUCUAUGUUGGUGAUGAGCGGAGGAGAAGGUUACAUAGACUUCAGAAUGGGUGAUGAGGAGGGCGAGGCAGAGGAAGGAGACGAUGCCCCAAUGAAACUGCAGCCCUUCCUGGCCAAAGCCGAGCGCAGCCACCUUAUCGUGUGGCAGGUCCUGGGAAACGAGGACUGAAGUCUGACCUUUGACGGAAGUCUGACCUUUAACCCCCAGUCCCAAUUUGCCUUUUUCUUCUCAAACCUGCAGCCACAGAGGAGGCGUUCAGGGGAGCGACCGCCCUCUGCAGCCGCGGGUUUAAUCAGCACUUUUGUCCUUCUCCUCAAACCUGAACAAUAAGCGUGAAACAAGCAGAAACUGCUCUGAGAGCUUUUUCUCUUUGGUAAACUGGAGUGGAGCAGUGUAAACACAAACUGCAUGUUAUUGUUUUAUUACUUGUUUUCUUGUUUUUAUUUUUGUUUUAAAGAUUUGAAUAUCAAUCUGUUGUCUUUUAAUAUUAUUUGAGGUAAAGCUGUUGCUGACUACACAACCAAUACUUUUCUUUUGUUACAUUUGAUCAGCAAAUACACCCAGGUUCCCUCCAAUCAGCCCUGUUACUGUGUGCUGAUGCUAAAUCAGAUGUUUAAAUCAAAAGAUAAUCACCCGUGACUUCCCUUGUUGAUAAUGUUGGACUGGGGCUGUUGUGUGUGGGAGCCAAUCAUGUGGUUUUUUUUGGUGAACCUCUGAUCAAAUUUGUUUUUGUUCCUUUGAGUCAAGAAAUGUAAUCAAUCGUCAGUUCUCUUUAGUUCUCAGGAUUAGUUUAAAUGAAAUGCAACAUGUCACAUUUCAUCUGGUUAGUGGUGAGCAGGAGGUUAAUGUCUCUCAUGGAUUAACAGUUCAUUCGAAUCACAGAGCAUUGCAUGGUUUUUAUGAAAGAUAUGUACGAUCUCAAAAUCAAUCCCCCUGACUUCACUUAGCGCCAUCGUCAGGUCAAAAAGAAGAUUUAGCCAGUAUUUUAGUUCAUGCCCAAAUGUUCCAUUAGUUCUCUCUUGGGUCCUGCACCACCCCGACACAAAAUGUGAUGGAUAUAGGCUCAGUAGAUUUUUAUAAUCCUGCUCACGGACAGACAAACAGUAAUGGUAAAAUAACCUCAUUGAAAGAGCCAAGUAGAAUAACUAGUAACUAAAUUUAAUUUGAUUCAAAUCUGUGCAUUAUUUCUUGAGAAAUUCACAAAAAUUAUGACAAAUGUCCUUGCAGUGUUAAGAAAAAUGUUUAAAUGCUAAACAUUGUAAACAUUGACAUGACAGCAUUGUCAUCGUGAGCAUGCUAGCAGCUUCACACAGGCAGUAGCUGUAAAUUCUUAUUCAGACAUCACCAGGUUUUUAUUUUCCAGGAAAUCCGAUGCUCUGUGUCUUGAAUGAAAUGAUAAUACAUGAGAAACACUCACUGGUGUUACAGUAUUGGUAGCAGUUAGCUUUUCAACUCCAGCUGCGUCUGGAUCAUACUGUAAACCAGUACAUACUCCAAUCCCCAGUUCAUAUAGGAUACUAUUUAAUCUAGCACUAAACAUGAGGAUGCUAUCAACCCUCUGCUAUGCGUCUACCCGUCAGCUCCAGUUAGUGGACUCUUUCAAAUCUGCCUUAGGUGUGGAGCUUUGAAAGCACUGAGAUUGCAGGCUUCUUCAGGUGUGACAGAGUAUUUAUUUUUGAUGAAAUAAUAUUACGUUCGCUACCAAAGCUUAAAGAACCAGAGAUUGAUAGUUUGCUGAAUCAGUAACCGUGUCCAUCUGUCUGCAGUGUCCCUGUAGAUAACAUGAGAGAUUGUUUUGUAACUGAAUUCCCAGUGUAGAGAUGAGAUAUAUUUUUAGACUUUUCUUAUUUGGAAAUUGAAAUAUUUUGCGGGUGUGAGAGAUGAGAAUGUGUUGGACCUGUUACUAUGAGAGAAUAAAACAAGCCGUGAAAAAGAGCGUUACACCACCUCCCCUCUAAUCCUCAUCUCUGCAUUCAAGAAUCUCAAAUGUUGACAGUUUGCCCCUCUUUGUUUAUGACAAUGUUUGUUUUAAUGUCUCAGUGAUAUCCCCUCCUAAUAUCAAACUGAUGAUUUCAGAAAUUGUUUUCAUUCUAUUUUUAUGUUCAAAUUUUUUUUUUUUGUAUCUAUAAGUCUGUCCUCUCUGAGAGUACAGUGCACAAGCUGUUUGUUUGAGACUGUUUUAUGGCCUCUGUGUACCAGUACACUGCACUGGUAUGUUGUUUUGUUUUGUCUUCUUUGUAUUGAACAAUAUCAACGAGGCCUGUCCUUGUCGUUUGAGUGUGUGAGAGACAGAGAGACGGAGAGACGGAGAGACGGAGAGAGGGAGAGAGGGAGAGAGGGAGAGAGGGAGAGAGGGAGUGUGUGUGUGUGUGUGUGUGUGUGUGUGUGUGUGUGUGUGUGUGUGUGUGUGUGUGUGUGUGUGUGUGUGUGUGUGUGUGUGUGUGUGUGUGUGUGUGUGUGUGUGUGUGUGUGUGUGUGUGUGUGUGUGUGUGUGUGUGUGUCUUCUCUCCAAGAGAGGAGGGAAAAUAUUAUGUUUAGCCAUUUCAGUAUUUAUUUACAACGAUUGAGCCUUUGCAAUUCAGAAUGUAUCUUUGUACAUUGAAUAUGAAUAUAUAUAUAUAUGAUUAUAUAUGUAUUAACCAUGAAAAUGGCUUGAGUUGAUUGUCUUGACAACAGUUGUUGCUGUUGGAAUGAGGAGUUUGUUUUGUGGGGGGUAACUUACGCAGCUAUGCACUAUGUCUCUGAGAAAAGAGGAAGAGGAGUGGCUGGGGGGGGGCUGUGCAGCCUGUCCACACUGACAGAAUCCGUUUCGGUGUCUCCAAUGCAGGACAAACAAACCAAACUGAAUUCCACAAGGUAACUCCCCCCCGUCACACCACGCAGGUGUCGUCCCUCCCACCCGCUCAUGCUCGCCUGUGUCUCGCCAGGUGCUCCCCCUGUUCUUAAUCGGCAGUACGAACACCAUCUCGUACGUCUGCAGCAUCUCUAGCCUUACUUAUUUUUAACAUUUAAUUAAAGCAAAUUUUGUGGGCAAAGUU